CAUUGUUAUUGUGGCAACAAAUUUAUAAAAAUUAUAACCUAUCUUCUGUAGUCUUGUUUUUGCGUUACUUCUUACCUACGCAGUUAAUAUUUUAAUUUUGAGUAAGGCUGCAGUAAAGGGCAGACAGCAUGGCUGAAGUAAAGAAUGAACCUGAAGAAGAGGAAUUUCUAGUUUAUGCAGAAUUUGAAGACACCGUAAACAUUGAAAAAUAUCGAACUGUUCAUGUACUGGGCGUUGAUGGAAAGAAUCCUAUCAUACAAAUGGAUGAUACAUUUUUCACAGGUAAAUAUGACAACGCUCUAGGAACGUAUAUGUUCUUCGAAGAAGAUCCAGACCCGAAAUCUGAAGAUCCUUUAUUUGAUAAAUUACCGGAAAAGAACCUCAAGUAUGUUUGCAAAACAGGAAAAUUAUUGACUAUGGAACAUGCAUAUGUCACACCUAAAGAAGGUCAUGAUCUCCAAAACAUGAAAUUAGAAGUAGAAGAUAAUAUAGAACCAAUAAAUUUCAAAACAUUGCAAGAUGCUAUUGAAAAGUUUAAGCAACAUUUUGAAGAAGAGUCAAUAACGGAAGUCAUAGAUUAA